GCUUGCCACCCACCUCGUGGGCAGCGCUCCCUCUUUCUCCGCACACAUCCCGCGCGGCGGCGGCCACCGAGCAAGAGCCGCAGCCCUCUUUGGUGAACCCCACGGGCAAGCCACUCACGUUGGCCAAGCUCGCCCGGUCCCACGCUCAUCCCACUUCCAUCCCACCUCCAGCUUCCUAGUGUAGUCGCCCUAUCGACAUGGCGCCCUCCGCGACAGGCGAGCCGGCGCCAAUGCACCUACCCGCCGUCUCUAAAACAACCUCGACCAUUAACGCCUCUGUCUUACAUGGGCCCCGCGAUCUACGAAUGGAGCGGAGGACGAUCGAGGAGCCUGGCAUCGGCGAGCUUCAGAUUGCCGUCCACACAACUGGCAUCUGCGGGUCAGAUGUCAGUUACUACAAGAAAUUCGCCAAUGGCGACCUCUGCGCCUGCAUGCCGCUUUCGCUCGGCCAUGAGGCGUCGGGUACCGUCGUCGCCAUCGGGCCUCAGGUGACAGGCUUCAGCAUCGGCGACCGCGUCGCCCUCGAAGUCGGCAUCCCUUGCGGGCAGUGCGGCAUCUGCCGCCGGGGUAGGUACAAUCUCUGCAAACACAUGAGGUUUAGGAGUAGUGCCAAGUCAGUUCCGCACUUCCAGGGGACGCUGCAGGAGAGGAUCAAUCACCCGGCCGUGUGGUGCCACAAGCUGCCCGACAACAUCUCUUUCGACGCCGCUGCUUUGCUCGAGCCGUUGUCUGUCGCUAUCCACGCAGUCAACCGUGCGAAGCCAGCGCCUGGCUCAACCGCUCUGGUCCUCGGAGCCGGUGCCGUCGGCUUGCUGACCGCGGCCAUGGCCAGGCAAUCCGGCUGCUCCACCGUCACCAUUGCCGACGUCGACCAAGGCCGCGUCGACUUCGCCAUCGCCAAGGGCUUUGCGACGCAUGGCUACGUCGUUCCCCGGCCGCUGCACACCUCAUCCAGCAGCUCGUCCAUCUACAGCGGCAGCAGCUCUGGCACCUCUACCCCGUUAGACGGCGUCAUGACGCCGGCGAGCACGCUAUCCUUUCAGAGCCAGCUCGACUACGCCAAGACGCUUGCUGCCGACAUGCUCUCCCUGACCCGCAACUCGAACGCGCUCUACGUCGACGACGAGGAGGACGGCGUCGACGUGACCUUCGAGUGCACCGGCAAAGAGGUGUGCAUGCACACGUCGCUCUACGCCACGCGGUCCGGCGGCAAGGUCAUCAUGGUGGGCAUGGGCACGCCCAUCCAGACGCUGCCCAUGUCGGUGGCGCACCUCCGCGAGAUCGACAUCCUCGGCAUCUUCCGCUACGCCAACACGUAUGCCACCGGCGUCAGGUUACUGUGCGCGAGGGACCGGCUGGCCCCCGGCGCCGGCUUCGUCAUCCCCAGCCUGGACGAAAUGGUCACCCACCGGUUCAAGGGGCUCGAGAAUGCCCAGCGUGCGUUCGAGCUGGCGAGCAGGACCGUGGAUGACGAUGGGAAUCUGGUUCUCAAGGUUGUCAUUGAAGCUUAAUUGGGUUGCGGGAGGGGGUCUGUCUGCCGGUCGCUGUUGGACUGUUGGAUACCCAAUGUCAGCCGUGACGGAGUUGGUCACUUUGCGAGUCCUUUUGCCGCCGGCCUCGAGAGCGUUCUCGCCACUGCUUUUCGCCCCAUCUUUUCACCGUCCUUUACU